AACUCAGAAUUGGAAGGGGCCGCGCGAACGCAGGCCCCCACUGGCACAAAUUAUGACGUUGGCUCUCCCACGUUGGGGAGACCAUAGGCGGGCACCCCUCCUGAGUGCAAUGGAGGUCACCAACCCAGGCCAUGGGCCUUCUUGAUCACCCAUUGACCCCGUCCAGGUAAGUAUGGACAACGUUCCCUCCCCCUCCCCUUUUCUACUCUUCUUUCUCUCCGCCCUCCCCUUCCCUCCGUCGAUGUGGGACUCAAUCAUUCCAUCAUCCAACAACCGACUCGAACUCUAAAUUCUAAAACCCCCUCAAAACACAAAACACACACUCUCAGUCUAUCAUUUGCUGAAGAAGCUUGGAAUUGAUGAAGGGACUGCUCAAGUCCUUCACUAGGGUUGGAGUAGGUGUUAGGGGUUAUAGCGCGGCGAGGAAGGACCUUCGGAUUGAGGGGGUUAAGCAUGCCAUAGCUGUUGCUUCUGGUAAAGGCGGUGUCGGCAAGUCCACCACUGCAGUUAAUCUGGCUGUUGCACUUGCUAACAAGUGCCAAAUGAAGGUUGGCUUGCUUGAUGCUGAUAUAUACGGACCAAAUGUUCCUAUAAUGAUGAAGCUUGAUAGAAAGCCAGAAGUGACUGAAGAUAAAAAAAUGAUUCCAAUCGAGAGCUAUGGAGUCAAGUGUAUGUCAAUGGGACUUCUUGUGGAUAAGGAUGCUCCGCUUGUUUGGAGAGGUCCCAUGGUAUCUAGCGCUCUUGAAAAAAUGACUAGGGGCGCUGACUGGGGAAAUCUUGAUAUUCUUGUGGUAGAUAUGCCUCCUGGCACUGGUGAUGCUCAUAUAACUGUAUCCCAAAGGCUGCAAUUAUCAGGUGCAUUGAUUGUUUCAACGCCUCAAGAUGUAGCAUUAAUGGAUGCCCGUAGAGGAAUUAACAUGUUCUCUAAAGUCGAAGUUCCUAUUUUGGGAAUUGUAGAGAACAUGAGCUAUUUUAAGUGUCCACACUGUGCCGAAUGUUCCUUCAUUUUCGGGGAAGGAGGAUCUCGUAAGACAGCAACUGAGAUGGAUUUGGAAUUUGUUGGCGAGAUACCGUUAGAAGUGGGGAUCAGAAAAGGCUCCGACAAUGGCGUCCCAAUAGUAAUAUCAGCUCCUGAUUCUGACGUCCCGAAAGCAUAUGUGGACGUGGCUCGGAAAGUUGUAGAAAGACUGUCGAAGGAAGAACAAUCCCGUCCACAGAUAUCCCUCUGAUUCUGUGUUGUCCAAUUCAGCAAAUGAAUGGAGUCUCUGCUGUACUUUCUGCACUAAUGGCAGAUUCCCUUGUUCAUGCCUUUGUAAUCUUUCCUCAGCAUUGUCAUAGAGUACUAUUAGUACUUCGGACGAGUACCGCGGCAGUAUAAAGUCGAAACAAAAAAACAAAUUAUCAGAAAACUCUUUAUGCUAUCGGCUUAUAAUUUAUUAGAACAUAUUCUGAUCAUCUGAAACUUGUAGUGAGCAGAGCUAUUGGAAAUUCAAGUUUUGAUGCAUUUUCCA